AUCAGACCCUUUUUUUGUCUCUCGAUUGCUGUCUCCCGACCAAACUCCGAUGUGUUCCGUUAUCAGCGACCUAAAGCCUGCCAUUCCAGCACCUGUCUUGCUAGGGAUCGGUGGAUAGUAUACGAUUCAGAAAGCAGACAAGGACAUAGGAGGAGAGAGAGCUCUAGAGAGACAGCCAGGGAUAGGCACAGAGAGCUUUGAAGUAAUUGGAUUCAAUGGACGAAAUGCUGCUGUUGACAAGAAUUCUCUUGGUGGGCUUCAUCUGCGCUCUUUUAGUCUCCUCUGGGCUGACUUGUGGACCAGGCAGGGGCAUUGGAAAAAGGAGACACCCCAAAAAGCUGACCCCUUUAGCCUAUAAGCAGUUUAUUCCCAAUGUGGCAGAGAAGACCCUAGGGGCCAGUGGAAGAUAUGAAGGGAAGAUCACAAGAAACUCCGAGAGAUUUAAAGAACUAACCCCAAAUUACAACCCUGACAUUAUUUUUAAGGAUGAAGAGAACACGGGAGCUGACAGACUGAUGACUCAGCGCUGCAAGGACAAGCUGAACGCUCUGGCGAUCUCGGUGAUGAACCAGUGGCCCGGGGUAAAGCUGCGGGUAACCGAGGGCUGGGACGAGGACGGCCACCACUCCGAGGAGUCCCUGCACUACGAGGGCCGCGCCGUGGACAUCACCACCUCGGACCGGGACCGCAGCAAGUACGGCAUGCUGGCCCGCCUGGCCGUCGAGGCUGGCUUCGACUGGGUCUACUACGAAUCCAAGGCGCACAUCCACUGCUCCGUCAAAGCAGAAAACUCGGUGGCGGCCAAAUCCGGGGGUUGCUUCCCUGGCUCGGCCACGGUGCACCUGGAGAAAGGCGGGACGAAGCUGGUGAAGGACCUGAGGCCUGGAGACAGGGUGUUGGUGGCGGACACGGAAGGCCGUCUGCUCUACAGCGACUUCCUCACCUUCCUCGACCGCGAGGACGGCUCUCACAAGAUCUUCUACGUCAUUGAGACUCGGCAGCCCCGGGCCCGGCUGCUGCUCACGGCCGCCCACCUCCUGUUCGUGGCCCCCCAGCAGAACCAGUCCGAGGGGGGGGCCGCCGGCAGCCGGGCGCUGUUCGCCAGCCGCGUGCGGCCGGGCCAGCGGGUCUUCGUGCUGGGCGAGGGCGGGCGGCAGCUGCUGCCGGCGGCCGUGCACCGCGUGUCGCUGAGGGAGGAGGCGUCGGGGGCCUACGCCCCUCUCACGGCCCAGGGCACCAUCCUCAUCGACCGCGUGCUGGCCUCGUGCUACGCCGUCAUCGAGGAGCACAGCUGGGCGCACUGGGCCUUCGCUCCCUUCCGCCUGCUCCAGGGCCUGCUGGCCGCCCUCUGCCCUCUCCCGAUGGGAGACCCCACGGCCCCCGGCAUCCACUGGUACUCUCGGCUCCUCUACCGCAUCGGCAGCUGGGUGCUGGAUAGUGACUCUCUGCACCCGCUGGGCAUGAUGGUGUCAUCCAGCUGAGGGACCCCAGAGAGAGAGAGAGACAGAGAGAGAGAGAGAGA